CAUUUGUUGGGAGAACAUCAGAAUUCAUCCAGUAAUUCAAGGUACAUGAGCUGUGUAUAUUUUAAGAAAUACAAUACCAAAUUAAAAGAUGGAUAAUUUAGCGACAUUUACUUUAUUUUUUCUUCAAAUCUUAUUGAAGUAUGUUCAAUGUGACCAGUUGACUCUGGGAUAUUUUUCUCCACAAAUGAUCAAUAUGAAGCUGGAUGAUAUCCCUGAUGCAACGAUAGAGAACACUGGCAACUUGGAGUGUCUGCAAAUGUGUGUCCGAGCCAAGACAUGUAAGGCUUUUAAUUACCAUGGUGAUUCCUCAAAAUGUCAAUUAUUUGACAAGGUGGCUUGCACAAAAAUUUACACAUCAACUGGAUGGAGAUUCAGUCGGAUCAAACCAGACCGCGAAACAAUACUUUAUAAUGGCAAUAUCGCAUUGAGUAAAACUACAUAUCAAUCCUCUAAAGUAAGUAAUAAGCUUGGGCCAGAACGAGUGGUGGAUGGAAAUCCCAAUUCCUAUUCUGGUACUGACUUUGGAGAAUCAAGCUCAUGGUGGAUUGUCGACCUGGGAGACACAUAUAAACUUUUCCAGAUCAUCAUCAGUAUAAGGAGACCAGGGGCUGAAUCAAAUUAUUACAACUAUUCCGUAGACGUGGCCUGUGAGUUUGAUGGAGUGAAGCCAGACAACACAAUCUGGAAAUCACGAUUUCUAUUUGAUGAUAUUCUACAAGAAAUCCCUAGGACCUUUCCAUUUUCAGACUCCUCCGUGGGAAGAUUCAUUAAGAUCACUAAAAAUGGUGAAAGGCUUAAAAUGUAUGAAGUUGAAGUAUAUGUUGAGAAUGAAGACUGUGGAUGUGAACCAGUCUAAACAUAAGGAUUCAUAAUAAGGUGGGCUGACUGGAUAACACUUGGACCUAGUCAUUGGGCAAAAUUUCAUUUUCAGGUGGUUUCUAAAGGUCUAAUGGCGAGGCAAGAGGGAGUUUAAGCUUGCAAUGUUUUUCACAAACUAAACGUGAACGGAAAAUAUUUUAGCGAUGCAUUCGUCAUACGUAUAGGUUGGCGUUUUGAUUUUCUGAACACUUUACACAGAUUUUGUGUUGU